AUGGCCAAAUUGUCACUGCCCUUCUCCAAAUUUCAAAGCGGCGCCGUCGCUGCCUUCAUCUUUUCUACUUGCCACGAUCGCACCCUUGACAUAUCUACAUCCUCGGCCAGCCGUGAGCACACUUGGAGUCAGCAGCAUUCACGCAGAGUUCAGACCGACGCCGCAGACGCAACGCUCACGGACAUCUACCCUCCAAUCGUCGCUGGAAGCGCGAAGCUCGCCACGCCCACCUGCCUGCGGGCAGCCGCCGCUGGACCAUUUACUACGCUCAAUCUCUGCCUAGCACUCCCUUCACCCGCCCACAAUGCCACCAGUCCGCUCCUCGCGCAACAAAAAACCACCCCCAACCGGCUUCACGACAUCGAAGACACCCUCCUCGACUACACCAACAAGAUGCGCGACGCCCAAAACGCCUCCACCGCCGGCAAGAAAAAGCACGAAACGCUCUGGCCGAUCUUUCAAAUUACACACGCCCGCUCAAAAUACAUCUACGAUUUGUACUACGAGCGCGAAGCGAUUUCAAAGGAGUUGUAUGACUGGCUGUUAAAGGAAGGUUACGCGGACAAGAACUUGAUCGCGAAGUGGAAGAAGCAGGGGUACGAGAAGUUGUGCUGUUUACGGUGUGUGCAGAGCAAGGAGACGAAUUUUGGGGGGACUUGUGUUUGUCGAGUGCCGAGGGCGCAGUUGAAGAGACAAGAAGAAGGGGAUGAGGAGGGGAAGGAGGGUGGUGGUGGUGGGGCGGCGAGCAUGCAGUGUGUUAACUGUGGGUGUAGGGGGUGUGCGAGUAGUGACUGA